GCGCCUCACACAGUCAAAUAACGGACAUGUAUUACAAUAGUGGAUGAAAGACGUGUUGUUUUUUGUAUCCAAACGCGAGAAAAAAAACACAUUUUUUUUCAUUGAGUAUAUAGCAUAAAGAACGACUACGCCCUUUCAGGCAUGGUGGCAUCAUUUCACGCCGGGACAGAGGAUUUAAAGGUGCACACGCCGAUAAUAAGCCGCGUUGGAUCGAUUCAUUCAUUCAUUCAUUCAGAGUCGACUGCAUAUUUCUUCUUUCAUCAACAAGAGGAUCCAUUAGGAAGACGCGGCUACAAUGCGCCUUUGAUUUAAGCUUUUAAAGAUGCGCUUCCGGAAGACUGUCUUCCUCGCCGUGCUGGUGUCGGUGUUUGUGGUGCUGACCUUCAUCCACACGUGGAGCAGCCGCGCGUACACCUCCGUCGACGUCUGGCAGCGACCGGAACUUCUAGAGAGACACGACGACCAUGUCCCCGACCCGGACCCCGUUUUGAAGACCAUCCCCUUUCAUGUGCGUGACAGCGUGGCCAGCUUGUUGGCGCGUAACGGAUGCGUGUGCGAGAGUGAAGGCCUCAACCUACCCUUCCUCCAGAUGCUCACCACGCGGGUGGCAGCCAGGCCGCUGCAUACCGCCUUCCUGCCCUCGGAGCUGGAGGAGGUGAAGAGGAGACGGGAGAAGGAGUUCAGGAGUCUUCAGAACAGGUUACGCACACCUGCCGACUCGCUCAUUAUAGCCCAGGCCAACAACCCUUGGCAGUACCCGACUCAAGGAGUGGAGGUGCGGCCUUUGAAGACAAUCAUCAUCCCAGGUUUGGCCUUGCAUCAUCUUCCCAGCCAACACUACUCUGUGAACCUCAGCGCCUCGCUGGGCACCCUGAACGUGGCCGCAGAAGUGGACGGCGUUGAAAUCCGAGGCGACGGCCAGACGCUCAUGUCGCUGUCCAGCGGCCUGCUGAGCAAACUCAACCGCCAGCUGCAGUUUGUCACCUACACCAACACCAUGUUCCACCCCGACACUGCAGACACAGUGCACUUGGAGACGGCGCACCAUGGAGCCAACUUCACCAUCAAGGUGCGUCACGGUGCGACAUCCAAACUGUACGACACGGGACCUGAUGAAGGAUCACAAGGAGAGUACAACAUCAGCACCUUGGUUACCAUAGCGACAAAAACUCUGCUGCGUUACGACAAGCUCCAAAAGUUAAUUGACAGCGUGAGGAAAUACUAUCCCGGCGUCACCAUCGUCAUCGCUGAUGACAGUGAAGACCCCCAACCUGUGCGAGGGCCCAACAUUGAGCAUUACAUCAUGCCCUCUGGAAAGGGAUGGUUUGCUGGACGAAACCUGGCCGUUUCCCAGGUGACCACCAAGUAUGUGCUGUGGGUGGACGAUGACUUCAUCUUCACCGGCAAGACCAAGGUGGAGAAACUUGUGGACGUUUUGGAGAAGACCACGUUGGACCUGGUGGGCGGGGCUGUGCGCGAGGUGACAGGCUACAGCAGCACCUACAGACACAUCAUAUCCGUGGAGGCGGGGCAGGAGGACGGCGACUGUUUGCACCUGAAGAGAGGCUUUCAUCACAUCAUCCGAGGCUUCCCCAACUGCGUGGUGACAGACGGCGUGAUUAAUUUCUUCCUGGCUCGCACUGACAAGGUCCGGCAGGUGGGCUUCGACCCUCGCCUCAACAGGGUGGCUCACCUGGAGUUCUUCAUCGACGGCCUGGGCUCGCUGCACGUGGGCUCCUGUGACGACGUGGUGGUCGACCACGCCAGCAAGAUCAAGUUGCCCUGGGUGAGCCAAUCCCAAAGUGACAAGGCCUACGCCAAGUUCCGUUACGCUUCCGCCUCGCCAGACAAAUUUGGCAUGUCGUACUUCAAGAACAGAUUUCAGUGCUUGACCAGAAGCUGAUUAGUUUUGCUUCGGGCUCAGACUCGCCAAAGACGGAGAAGAUUUUCUUUGGUGCCACUGGAGAACAUCUUCCGUACCACAACCAAGCGGUAUCUUGCUCCUUUGAAACUGGACAAACACUAGGAGGGCUCGCUGAGUCAAAACAGAGGCAGGACAAUCGGGUAAAAGACUUGGGAAUAUUGGGGUCCCUAAUAUUGUGACCACUCCUUUGGCUCUGAGGGUUUUAUUAUGUUGCUGCCCCGUGGUAACCAUCGAGGUCUGCAAGUCAAGUAUCUUCAGGAGCCUACUGGACUUAGCCGUGCGUGCGUUGGUGCGUGUGUAUUUGGGAGAAAGCAGUCUUUAAAAUGCUGCCUUGGACAUUUUAGGACCAAAGACACGAGUGAUCUAAGGAGAUAAAUGAAAUGUCCUCGCAUGAGAUUUUGUCCGUGGCCCCAUUUUAGUCUUAUUAUAAUAAUAAUUAUUAUUAUUAUAAUAAUAAUAGCACAAAUGGAUGGAUGGAUAGUACUAGUGAGAAUUAAUAAUCAUGUUGAAGUGAAUUAUAUUUAUAUAGCGCUUUUCUCUAGUGACUCAAAGCGCUUUUACAUAGUGAAACUCAAUAUUUAAGUUACAUUUAAAGCAGUGUGGGUGGCACUGAGAGCAGGUGGGUAAAGUGUCUUGCCCAAGGACACAACGGCAGGGACUAGGAUGGCGGAAGCGGGGAUCGAACCUGGAACCCUCAAGUUGCGGGCACGGCCACUCUACCAACCGAGCUAUACCGUUAAUAUUAUUUUCACCCCUGUGAUAAUUACUGUUGAUUAUAAAUAUUACCGAUAAUAAUAACACAAUUAUUAUUACCCUGUGAGAAUGAAUAAUAAUGUUCAUUAAUAUUAUUUUUAGCCUAGUGUUAAUUACUAUUGAUUAUAAAUAUUAUCGAUAAUAAUAAUACAAAUUAUUAUUAUCAUUAUUAUUAUUACCCUGUGAUAAUUAUUAUUAUUAUUAUUAUCAUUAGUAGUAGUAGUAGUAUUGAUUCUAAUAAAAAUAAUAUGAUUAUUUGUAUUAUGAUUAUUAUUAAUAAUUAUAAGUUAAUGAUUUGCAAAAAAAAAUGUUUUUCAGUUCGAACAUUAAAUAUAAGUUGAAAAGGAUUUGCAAAUCAUUGGAUUCUGUUUUAAUUAAUAAUAAUAAUAUGUAUUAUUAUUAUUAACCCAGUGAUUAUUAUUAUUAAGUAUUAUUGUACUGGCCAGUAUAUUAUCCAUCCAUCCAUCCAUCCAUUGUCUACCGCUUGUCCCUAUUGGGGUUGCGGGGGCUGCUGGAGCCUAUAAUAUAAUUAUAAUAUUAUUUUGAUUAUUAACAAUAAUUGAUUGAUUCUUUUAUUAGUAGAUUGCACAGUUCAGUAAAUAUUCCGUACAAUUGACCACUAAAUGGUAACACCCCAAUAAGUUUUUCAACUUGUAUAAGUCCAUGUUAAUUAGUUCAUGGUAAUAAUAAUAAUAUUUUUUUAAUUAAUAACCCAGUGAUAAAUAGUAUUAAUUAUUAAGUAUUAUUGUACUAGCCAGUAUAUAAGAAUAUUUAUUAUUUUUAUUAAGACUCCAGGAGGUCCCCCACUCUAAUGGGAACUCAGUAUGUUUACAUGCACCAAAAAAAAUAAGACUUUUUCGUGAAACUACUUUUUAAAAGCACGUAAAUGUGCAUAUUUGUUUUACUUCAGAUUACUAUUACUGGAUAAUUAUGAUCAGACAUUAUUAUAAUUAUAUUAUCCAUCCCCUGUCUUUAAAAACUAGCGACGCCACGGUUUGGAACUUUAAAAAACUCGGUUCCUUAAACGCACCACAGUUGUGUGCUACAAAACGCGAUGGUGAAACUUAAAACAUUACUUUAUUCGAUGACUUUUAUUAUAUUUAAGCCUUUUUUCCAUCUCCUCAUCCGGGUUCCCAAAUGUUGGGGAGUGUUUGCUUAAAAAGGUGACGUCAGAACCAACUUUGCGUCUCUCGCCAGUAAAUUGCUGAUUAAGGUGUUCUUUAAUAAAAUGGCCUUUAGAGGGCGCACUUUCGUACAUUUCUCGUACUUAAUAUAAAGUAGGCCAAUGUGUUGCAGUCAUCAAGCCAGCAGAGGGCGCUGUCUCACACGCUUUUUCCAGCAGGAAUACGUGCUAUUGUGGAACAAAACACAAUUUAAAAUGUUUUUUAUUAUCCAUCCAUCCAUUUUCUACCGCUUACUCCCUUUCGGGGUCGCGGGGGGCGCUGGCGCCUAUCUCAGCUACAAUCGGGCGGAAGGCGGGGUACACCCUGGACAAGUCGCCACCUCAUCGCAGGGCCAACACAGAUAGACAGACUUAUAUAUAUUAUCGUACUUAAAGGCUCAAAAGUGGGCAUUUUAAGGGUUUCUGUGGACUGGUCCAUGAAGUUUGUUCACCACUGUAAAUAGCAAGAAUCUACUGUAUUGUUUGCUAAAAAGUUGCAAGAGGCAGUAUUUAACUGCGAUGAUAGUGUUUGUUCAGAGUAAGAGACAAUAGUAUUGUGUUCAUGUCAGCAAAAAUGUGUUUUUCGAUUUGUAAAAGCUGAUUUCAAAGCUGCUUUUCCCCGUUAUUUAUUUCAAUCCUACUCGACAGUGUUUUGUUGUCCGAUAAAUGCAGAUUUGAUGCUACCAGGAAGUAUUAAAGUCACACUGAAAACUGUGAAAAAGA